AUGUGGAGCUUCAGUUUUCUCCUCUUUUGGGGGUGUUGUGGUAUAUACUCCUGGGGAAUGUUCACAUCACCCUCACUGGAAUCAAUGACAAGGCAUGUGAAGGGGUGUACAGAUACCACCAUGUGUCCAGCGCAUGCAACCUGCACCAACACUUCAACAAGUUACUACUGCGCUUGCAAAAGAGGCUUCUUGUCCAGCAACGGAUUGAAGACAUUCAAGGGCCCAGGAGUGGAAUGCAAAGAUAUAGAUGAAUGUUCUCAAAAGCCCCCACCUUGUGGUCCUAACUCAGUCUGCAGAAACCUGCCAGGAAAGUAUGAGUGCAGCUGUUUGACUGGUUUCUCUUCUCCCACUGGAAAUAACUGGAUCCCUGGAAAGCCGGGUCAUUUCAGCUGUACAGACAUUAAUGAAUGCCUCUCCCGUGGGGUCUGCCCUGAGCAUUCUGAGUGCACCAACUCUUUGGGAAGCUACCGUUGCAGCUGCAAAGUUGGAUUCACCUCUAAAAACUCCAGCUGUGAAGAUGUGGAUGAAUGUGCCAAUUCCAGAAGUUGCCCAGAGCAUUCGACUUGCCAUAACAGUCUUGGAAGCUACUCUUGCGUCUGCAACCCAGGCUAUCAAUCUAGAAGUGGAAGGAAAAUUUUUCAGGAGCCAGGAGAGAUGUGUGAAGAUGUGGAUGAAUGUGUCAAUCCCAGAAGCUGCCCAGAGCAUUCGACUUGCCACAACAGUCUUGGAAACUACUCUUGUGUCUGCAACACAGGAUAUGAAUCCAGAAGUGGAAAGAAGAAUUUCCAGGGACCAGGAGAGACAUGUGAAGAUGUUGAUGAGUGCCUUCAGGAUCCCUCACGAUGCGGCCCAAAUUCUGUCUGUACCAACACCCUGGGCUCCUACAGCUGUGGCUGCAUUGUAGGUUUUCAUCCCAAUCCAGAAGACUCCUGGAAACACGGCAACUUCAGCUGCCAAAGGAUUCCCUUCAAGUGUAAAGAUGAUGUGGUACCCAACAACAAGCAGGUCCAGUUAUGCCAUGUGGGAGCAGCAGUGGAGCCUAAAUAUGUUUCGUUUUGUGCGCUGAUGAAUGCCACCCUCGACGUUCUGGACAAUGUCUGUAAAAACAAAACCACUGUCAUCUCUCUGAAGAGUACGGCUAAGAGAUUUGCCUCUGUGAUUGAAAAAACAUCCAAGUGGUCCAACUUCACCAAAGAAGAGACCUCUACACUGGCCACAGUCUUGCUGGAGAGCGUGAAAAGCACCAUGCUGGCAGCUUUUCUGAAACCCUCAGCGAAUGUCAGUCAGACUAUUCAGACGAAACUCUUAGAUAUCGAGAGCAAAGUGAUCGACAAAGAAUGCGCUGAGGAGAACGAGACAUUUAAGUUGAAAGCAAAAGGGGAUGAAAUGAAGAUUUGGUGUUCCACGAUCGAAGAAUCUGAAUCCACAGGGAUCAACGGGGUGGCUUUCGUUUCCUUUGCGGGUAUGGAGUCUAUUUUGGAUGAGCGCUUCUUGCAAGAUCUUCAGAACCCCUGGGCCAACUCCAAGAAGAAGCUGAAGAUGAAUUCUCGUGUUGUUGGGGGCAUCAUAACAGGAGGGAAGAAAGACGGGUUCUCUAAACCAGUCAUCUAUACUCUGGAGAACAUCAAGCCAAAGCAGGAUUUUGAGAGUGCUAUCUGCGUUUCCUGGAGACCAGAUGUGGAGGGAGGCAGAUGGACACCCUCAGGCUGUGUGCUCCUUGAAGCUUCCAAGACGCAUACUGUCUGCGGCUGUAAUCGAAUGGUGAACUUGGCUGUCAUCAUGGCUUCUGGGGAGCUCACGAUGGAGUUCACCCUGUACCUCAUCAGUCACGUGGGCACGAUCAUCUCACUGGUGUGUCUUGCCACGGCCAUCAUCACCUUCCUUGUGUGUCGCACCAUCCGAAACCAGAACACCUACAUCCACCUGCACCUCUGCAUAUGCCUCUUCUUGGCCAAGAUACUGUUUCUCACUGGUGUGGACAAGACCGACAACCAGAUGGGCUGCGCCCUCAUCGCAGGCUUUCUGCACUACCUUUUCCUUGCGUGCUUCUUCUGGAUGCUGGUGGAGGCUGUGAUACUCUUCCUUAUGGUCAGGAACCUGAAAGUGGUGAAUUACUUCAGUUCUCGGAACAUCAAGAUGCUGUAUCUCUGCGCCUUUGGCUAUGGGCUCCCGGGGAUAGUGGUGGCUGUCUCUGCUGGCUUACAACCACAGGGUUAUGGGAUGUAUAAUCGCUGCUGGCUGAAUACAGAAACAGGGUUCAUCUGGAGCUUCCUGGGGCCGGUGUGCACAAUUAUAGUGGUCAACUCCAUCCUCCUGACUUGGACACUAUGUAUCCUGAGGCAGAAGCUUUCUAAUGUCAGUGCAGAAGUCUCCACACUCAAAGACACCAGGUUACUGACCUUCAAAGCCUUUGCUCAGAUCUUCAUCUUGGGGUGCUCCUGGGUGUUGGGCAUUUUCCAGUUUGGACCCGUGGCCAAUAUCAUGGCUUAUCUGUUCACCGUCAUCAACAGCUUGCAGGGGGCCUUCAUCUUCCUCAUUCAUUGCCUGCUCAACCGCCAGGUACGUGAAGAAUACAGAAGAUGCAUGACCAGGAAGACUAAACCCAGCUCUGAGACCCAGACCUCAGGGAUCUUACUGUCAUCCGUUCCCUCCACUUCCAAAUCGGGUUGA